AUUCCCGCUCCUUCUUUGUUUGUGUUCUUUUCUUCUUUUUUUGGCUAAUUCCUUGAUGGCACUGCAUUAAAGAGGCCACAUCUAAUUUCCAGGCUUAUUCUGGCACAGAAUACCCUUUUCUUGCCCUGGAUUUUGCUCAAACCUUUGCUCUUGAUUGACUGAGGAGGGAAAUUUUUCUUUAAGGUUGAGAAGAAACAGAGGAUGGCGGGAACAGGGCCUACAUCUGCAAGUGACCAUCAUCAUGAUGAACUCGUAACUUCUAUAACCAACAGAUUGAAGCAAAUAUCUGAAACAUCCUUCAACUAUCGCUUGUUGCCUGUUCCAGACAAGCUCCGCAAGACCCACAAGGAAGCCUUCUUGCCAAAGGAAGUCUCCAUCGGACCAUUCUACCAUCAUGGCAAACAGUGGAAGGCCAUGGAAGACCACAAGUGGAGGUACCUGCAAAGAUUUCUGGAGCAGACACAGAAGCAAUUGAAAGAGUGCGUUGAGGUCAUCAAGAAGUUGGCAGACCGGGCCAGAAAGUGUUACUUGGAGAAGAUCGAUCUCAACAGUGAUGAGUUCAUCACAAUGAUUCUUGUAGAUGGUGCAUUCACCAUUGAGCUGUUCUUGUCAAACCGUUCCCCAGAUAGGCAGACCAAGAAUGAUGUCAUCUUCGACAAGCAAAAAAAGUGGAUGAUCUCCAACGUGAGAAGGGACAUGAGUUUGAUGGAGAAUCAACUCCCAUUUUUUGUUCUUGAUGAUCUGUUCAAUUUUGCAUACGGAAGUCAAUUGGGAGAACUCCCAUCUUUAUUGGAGCUCGCCUAUGAUUUCUUUGGCUCCGGAGUGAAUCUCAAAGCAGAAAGGCCGAGGAUAUUAGACUCUGAUGUCAAGCAUUUAUUGGAUGCUUUAAGGUUGUGGCACUUACCUGCCAUGCAAGAUGCACAAGGUGCUGGAUGGAAGGAGGCAGAAGCGAUACCUAGGGCAUUGCACCUUCGAGCAGCAGGAGUGAAGUUUAGAAUGAGCGAAAGCAAUUGCUUAUUUGACAUUACAUUCUCAGAGGGUGUUCUUUAUAUCCCAUGUCUCAAGCUAAUUCCUACGACCGAGUCUUUCCUCAGGAAUGUCACAGCUUUGGAGCAUGCCUAUUAUAAACACGAUAGUUACUUCCUUGAUUACGUAGCAUUCUUGGGGAAUCUCAUCAACACCAGAGCUGAUGCGAAGCUGCUGAUCAAGAAACGCAUAAUCGAUAUUGAGAACUGGUUGGGGCAUGAUGAGAGAUUGGCAAAGACAUUGGCAAAGGAUGAUGAGGCAUUGGCAAAUCUUUUCAACAGUUUUGGAAAGGAGAGCCGGUUUUGGACGAGGAACGGCAGUUUCUGCAGUGUUCGGCAGAAUCUGAAAGCUUAUUACAGAAGUCAUUGGCACUGGUUGAAGGUUAGGAUGAAACGCAAUUCCGUGUCCAAGAAGAAGCUUUAAGUUUGAUACUAGGAAUGUACUUACGAAGGCGAUUUCUUUUCUUGCUGAAUAAAUUCUGUAACUGUCUUUUAAUCUCCUCUGGUAUCAUGACUUCAAAAGGAAAGAAGAAGAAAGCGCUAGCUGCUGAA